AGAAGAGUUCCAAACUAUUAGAUCACAAUCAACGCUCUUACCUGUACCACCAUGUUGCUACUUGUGAUUCUGUUGUCCAUUGCCGUCGUCGCCACGGGCCGUGAUGGUAGCGGAAGAAUAAAAGCACAUGCCUGACGUAGAGCGACCAUAUGUAUACUACUUAUACGGCAGGUCCAGGUCUGCUGGCUCUCUCGCAGUACCUGUCAUGGUAGUCGAUCUAGUACAAGGCGUACGAGGCGGUUUUCUCUUCGGUGCGUCCGUGGUACUAGCAGUCAAUGCUGUCCCACCGCUACGGAGACGUUUUUUGCUCUACGGAUCUCGAACAGUAUCGCAACAGAGCGUGGAGCUGUCACCUAAAUGCUCGCUUUCUGCAUUCUUGGACUAUCUAGCGACACUCCAGGUCCCUCAUCGAUAUUUUACUCAUUUCUACGUCGUUUCUGUCUCCUCAUCUGCAUUUUGGGCCCAGCAGAUUCUCCGCAAUGGACGCUUGUUCUCAGCCGUUGCGGCCUUGGCACCAAAGAUUGACCUCUCGAAGGCGAUGACCAAAGAGCAGAUACUGCUGACGUGGGCUCUGAUGUCUACUCAGGGAUGUCGCCGUCUCUAUGAAUCUAUAUGUCUUGCCAAGCCUUCCACCGCGAAGAUGUGGUUCGUGCAUUGGCUUUUGGGCUGGGCUUUUUACUCAGGCAUGGGAUUAGCCGUGUGGGUGGAGGGUAUCCAAACCCUUCGUUCGACACCACCUGAACUCGCACUAUCUUCCCCCAGCCUACGUACAACCACUUUUCUGCCGCUGUUCUUGUUUGCGUCCUGGAUGCAGAACAAAUGCCAUCGACACCUUGCUUCUUUGAAGAAGUAUUCCCUGCCUACGCAUCCCUUCUUCCGAUACAUUAUUUGUCCACACUAUACUGCUGAGUGCUUGAUUUAUCUUUCACUCGCGGGAAUCGCUGCUCCACCUGGGCAAAUGUUCAACAAGACAAUCUUGGCCGCUCUCGUGUUUGUCGCAGUCAAUCUUGGUGCGACUGCUGAGACGACUCGGCAAUGGUAUGUUGAAAAGUUUGGCGAGGACAAAGUCACCGCUCUAUGGAAGAUGAUACCGUUUGUAUUUUGAGGGUAACUUUUCGCCUGAUUUGUUGUUUGCCCCUGUUCUUAGAGGCCGCACCCUUACGGGGGCUGAGCUGAAUCAGUUUGGCCUGGGGAGUGUUCGGUACCGUAGCACUGAUUUGUGGUUUCCUUCUCAGCGACACAAUCGACCGGAAUAAAUUUCUUCUUCCUCCAAAAAUCUUAAUCACGGUGCCAAACAGUGACCUAUACUCAUUGAAUCAGCAUAUACAUUCAUACCGAAGAGCCUCGAGGAGUCGACGAGGACCGAUACGUCUCUGUGCCUGUUGUUACUCACCGGAAGUUUAAGCAGUA